AAUGAAUCAAUGACACAUCGUUCGCUUCAGACUCUGCCUUUGCUUGAGCCUUUGCUUUGGCUCAAAUCUCUUGCACCCUUGGAGAUGCGCUUAUUCUCCUCUUCCUAGCCUUCUGUUUGCACUCUUCUCCUUUGCUCAGGGCGGGGGUUGAUUCGCAUCCGGAAUAAGCCUGCAUUUGCCUUCUUGUUUAAGGAUCUGAUUUAAAGGUCAACCGGACGAGAUCUAGUCCCAUGCUUCUUGCUUCUCAACUCUAUUCUUGCUGGCUAGAUGUGAUUGAUCAUGACAGACAAUCCUCCCGUUGACAUGAUCCAUUCACGAGAACAUGAUGGUGGUCCGAACCUAGAACUUCCCUCUGACCUUGAUCAACCACCACAGUCGGCUCCGCUAGACGCAGAGUCGAAGUAUGAGCAAGACGUUCCCCCUGAUGGAGGAUACGGCUGGGUCUGUGUCGCUUGUGUGUUCUGGAUCAAUGCUCACACCUGGGGAAUAAACAGCAGUUACGGCGUGUUUCUCUCCUACUACCUCUCUCACGACGUAUUUCCCAACACCUCCGACCUCUCCUACGCCUUCACUGGAGGCUUAAGUAUCUCGUGUGCGCUCCUCGUGGCCCCGGUGGCUACGUACCUCAUCCAUGUCUUCGGCACCCGAUUCACCCUCAAUCUGGGCGUCUUCUUCGAAACGCUCUCGCUCAUCGGCUCCUCAUUUGCAACACAACGAUGGCACAUCUUCCUCAGCCAAGGUGUCUGCUUCGGCUGGGGCAUGGGUUUCCUUUUCGUCGGGACCGUCGGGAUUAUCCCGCAGUGGUUCUCGCGGCGCCGCAGCCUCGCGAUGGGAAUCAAUGCCGCCGGCUCCGGUCUCGGAGGACUCAUGUACUCUCUCGCCGUCGGCGCCAUCAUUCCUCGCCUAGGCCUGGCCUGGGCCUUCCGCAUACUCGGCAUCAUCGCCUGCGUUGUCAAUCUGGUGUGCGCCAACCUCCUACGGGACCGGAAUCAAGCUGUCGGCAGCCGCCACCAGCCCUUCGCGCUGCCGCUGCUCAAGCGGCCGGAAUUUCUCCUGUUCCUCGGCUGGGGCGUUUUUAGUAUGCUCGGCUACGUGGCUCUGCUCUUCAGCGUCGCCAACUUCGCCCUCUCCGUCGGUCUCACUUCCCACCAGGGCAGCGUGGUCAGCGCCCUUCUGAACCUCGGCCAGGGUCUCGGCCGCCCCUUCGUGGGCAUGUUCAGCGACCGUCUGGGCCGCAUCAACAUCGCCACCUUCCUCACCUUCCUGUGCGGCCUCUUCUGCCUGGUCAUCUGGACCUUCGCGCGCAGCAUGGGCGUCGUCUGCUUCUUCGCCGUGCUCGUCGGCACCGUCGCCGGCACCUACUGGGCGACCGUCGCCCCCGUCGCGAGCGAAAUCAUCGGCCUCCGCGAUCUUCCCAGCGGAUUGAGCAUCACCUGGUUAGUGCUGGUAGCCCCCUGCACCGUGUCGGAGCCGGUCGCCCUGCUGUUACGCGACAAUCACGCCCGGGACGCGGUGUACCUGCGCGUCCAGAUCUUCACUGGGUUUAUGUACAUCGGCGCGGCCUUGUGUCUCUGGGUAGUGCGGGGGUGGAAGAUCGCGGAGUUGGCGCAUGCCGCCGCUGCAGAGCACACGCCGGGUGGAUCGUCUCCUGCGACGGGGGUAAAGGGUGCUGCGAAAGCAUCCAAGAUCGAGGAUACCGCGGCGGGGCCGGAAGCCCAGCCAGCUCCCCACAGGGCACCGAAGUGGAGUCUAUGGUCUUCCUUUAGUCUUCUGCGUCGGAUGGUUUCGUUGCAAAGAGUAUAGUCUAUAGUUUUUUUCUAGGGAUGAAGACAGAGAGGCCCAUGUAUCUCUAAAGAUAGAAUUUUAUAUUAACCACAAUCAACACCCAUACAGUAACGUACAGUCAUCCUACGA